AUGACUACAGCCCAUAGGCCCACAUUCGACCCGGCCCAAGGGAAAGAGGCUCUCCGCGGCCCAGCCUACCACCAGCGCCUUCUCCCCGCCUACACGCACCUGAAGACCCGUCAACAAGGCCAGGGAAACGAAAGCGAGAGCCAGACACGAGAUCUGCGCGCAGAGCUUCUCCAGGCCGAGGCGACUCAUUUCGCGAAGAAGAACGGUGUCCCCGUUGAUGCGCCUGCUAUCGACAACGGAACCCCUAAGCGCCAGCUAGAAGAUGCACCGCCCGGCGGCGAUGCUGCGGGAAUAGAGGAAGAUCCGGAGGCGAAGCGACGGCGAAUAUUAGAAGAGUCGCGCGAUAUAGACGCCGAUUCAGAUGGAUCUGAAGAGGAAAGCAGUGACGAAGAGAGUGACGACGACGAAGACGAAUCGGCCGAGCUGAUGCGGGAACUGGAAAAGAUCAAGAAGGAGAGGCUCGAGCAGAAAGAGAAGGAAGAGCGCGAACGUGCGGUCGAGGAAGAGGAGAAACGCGAAGUCGAUAUCGCCCGGGGCAACCCCUUGCUCAAUGCUCAAGAAUUCAACAUGAAGCGCAGGUGGGACGACGACGUGGUGUUCAAGAACCAAGCCCGGGGUACGGAGGACAAGCGAGGCAAGGAGUUUGUUAACGAUCUGCUACGAUCGGAUUUCCACAAGAGAUUCAUGUCAAAAUACGUCCACCGCAUCAACACCAGCAUCUCCCAACUCCUCCAGCGAUACGAGAACAUCAUGGCCACAGCUACAGCCGAAAACACAAGCCACACAUCCACCGCCAUCGAGACCUUCCAACUCGACGUCGAGUCCACAGCGCUGGUCCGCGCCGCAGAAGACAUCCUCGCUCUAACACGCACCAUGAAAGAAACAUGGCUCUUUGGGAAACUCGAUACACUCGGCGAGGAUGAAGCCGACGUGAAGCGCAGGGAGGAGCUUGAGCGGAAUGCCGUUGCGAUUCAGAAGGCUAUUGCGGAUAGUGGGGUGUUGAAGCCGGAGGGCGGGGAGAGUGGGAAGCAGUGA